AUGGCUGAGGAUCAAAACACCACAGACGAUGCCUACCGCAUCGAAAAGAAGCCGCUCUUGACAGCAGUCAGGCACGGGGCCACGGCCUUUGCGGUCCAGAACCUCUUUGCCGCGCCCAUCAACUUCGUCCGUGAUGCCCAAGCAUACCUCAUGCCGCCUGAGGACCGACCUGCGCUCGUUAAGACAAUCUUCUUCCCCAAGGACCAUGACACAACGUCCAAGGACCAGCUACCCGUUCUCUUCACAAUACACGGAGGCGGUUUCGUUGUCGGAACCCCCAACGACAACGACAACUGGAAUCAGACAUACGCCUCGCAGCACCACUCUGUCGUUAUCGGCCUCAACUACGCCAAAGCUCCCGCCAAUCCAUUCCCCAAGCCAGUCUACGACUGCGAGGCCCUCUUUCUCGCCGCUCUGAACGACGAGUCGCUUCCAUUGGACCGGACCAGGGUCGCUCUCCUCGGCUGGUCUGCGGGUGGCAAUUUGGCCCUCGCAGCCUCACAGCUCGAGAGCGUCCGAAAACACCUAACUUGCAUCGUUCCAAUUUACCCCACGGUCGACCUUUCCAUCGAGGCAGUGGAAAAGGCUUCGUCCCGCCAAUACAAGCCCGAACUGGGCGGCUACCGCGCAAAAGACCGCGAUUUUCUGCUCGACAUCGCCCCGACCUUUGACUGGGCCUACAAAGUCCCGGGGGGAAGCAGCCGCGAUCCCCUCAUGAGCCCUUUCUUCGCUUCCAGGGACGCGCUGCCGAAGCGCCUAUUUCUCAUCGCCUGUGAACUCGACCUGCUCGCCCACGAGGGCCAAAGGCUCAUCCACAAGCUUGCGGGCCGUCCCCCCCCGCCGACGACCGUCGGAAAGCAGGAGACUGCGGGAAAGGGGGAGCUCAUCUUGGACGAUGAGAGGUUCCACUUCGAGGUUUCAAACGCCGACGGGAGUGUAUACCGGUGGCUAUUGGUACCCGACACCAUCCACGGCUUCGACCAGAACAUGGAGGCACUUGUUCGCGAACCCGCAUUCAUUGAAGACGCCAAAAUCAAGACGCAAAAAACUAUCAAGAUCAUUGGUGAAUGGGUACUGCAAGCUCCCCCAAUCAGCGCGGCCUAG